AUGUCGUUCAACAACUUGGCAUUCAAUGUGUCCAAGUCACAGGCUACAACAUCAACCACCACCGCCACGUUAUCCAAUGGAAACGGAGGGAUCAAAGCAGGAAUGUCUCCCAUACUACAGAGCAUGUUAACCAAAUCUGCACCUACACAGGAGGCACAGAUGGAUUCUGUUGAAGAUACAAGAAGAAUGAGCCAGGGGGAAAUGGUCAAUUCGGAUUUAAUAGGCAUUUUUGACAGAUACGAUCUUCGUCCUGAUAAGGUUUUAGAGGAGGACGACAAGGAUGUUGAAAAGGUUCAACAUGAACCUAAAGACAUUGGUAGUGAGAAUGAGCAUGAAUCUGAACCGGAAAAGGGUUCUUCUAAAGUGGGUUUGGUGUCUGAAGAGAAGGUUGAUCAAAUAGAAGAAUUUGAAAAGCAAUAUCAAGAAGAGCCUCAAGCUGAUGGUAUUAUUGAGAAGGAACAAUCAAUCAAUGAAGGUGAUGGAGGUGAUGAUGAUGAAGUUGAUCAUGAAGAUAACGGUAGCGAAGUUGACGAUUACCCAUUAGACCCAUUGGUAAGAGACUUUUCAAGUACAUCAACAGUUGAUGAAGCACAAACCCUAGCUUCCCAAGAUAGACUAUCUGCUAUUGAGCAAGAUCAUCAUGAUCAUCAUGUUCCAGAAACAACACAAUAUUCCAAUACUACAAUUGAUACUCCACAAUAUCAACCAUCACAUCAUCCAUUCAAUUUCCAAAACUUUCUUAGUAAUCUUAAACGGAAAUCAGCCAACCCCAUAGUCCGCUAUAUCCGCUCGUUUCUUAUUCUGUUUACUCGUCAAGGCCAUACGUUCACUGGAGCACAAAAGAUCAAGAUAGUUUCUGAGUUCAAAAGCUUCAUUAAUGAUAAGUUUAAUGUUUAUGAACCAUUUGCAUCCAUGAAUGCAGCGGAUCUGGAAAAUUCAAGAGAAGGGUUGGAGAAAUUAAUCAUGAAUAGAAUCUAUGAACAAUGUUUCCCACCAGAAUAUGAAAUCAAAAUGGGGAAUGACAUCAAUUUAAUACCUGAAAUGUUUAAAGAAGAUUUAAGUUUGGAUAAUACCUUUUCCAUUCAAUUAGAGAAGUUUAGUUGGGUAAAUGGUAUUCAUUUAGAUAUUGAUUUGAGUUUACUUGGUGACAAUGGAGGUUCCAAAUUGAAAGUUCUUGAUCAAGCAGGCACUGAAUUAAACAAAUUGAAUGUUUACAGAGCUCCAAGAGAUAAAAUCAUUUGCAUAUUAAAUUGUUGCAAAAUAAUAUUUGGAUUUUUGAAAUCAGUUGAACAAGAAACUAAUGCUGAUGAAUUUAUGCCAUUAUUGAUCUUUGUGAUCAUGAAAGCCAGAGUAUCAUAUUUCAUUAGCAAUGUUCAUUAUAUUGAAAACUUUAGAGGAACAGAAUGGUUGGAAAGUGGUGAAACAAGUUAUUAUCUUUCAUCAAUAGAAGGUGCUAUAAGGUUCAUUCAAAAUAUUGAUAAAGACACUUUAACCAUAAAUGAGAAUGAAUAUAAUGCUCAUAUGGAAUCAUGGGAUGCAGAAGAAAAACAACGAGAACUGAUACGAAAGGAAAUUGAAGCUUUGAAUUUGGCUAAAUUGAAUCGCCAACAUCAAGAACAUGUGGUUCAAAAUAUGCCCAUUCCACAAACACAACAACAAUUACCAUAUUCAACCGAAUCAUCGUUAUCGCCAUCAAGAGUACUUUUAACAAGCGCAGGGAUGUUGACAAAAUCAAUAACUAGUUUCCUUUCACCAUCACCUGAACCACUGCUGGCUCAAGAACAACGUUCGGGUGAAUCACCGCAAGACACAGAGCAAUUACAAGCAACCUUAAACAGUCUCAUAGAGAUCUUUCCGGAUAUGGAUAAAGGGGUACUUACAGACUUGGUUCGUUUGAAGAAGGGUGAUCUUGAAAGCUGUGUAGAUGCUUGUUUAGAGCUUAUCAACGAUGUAUAG